AUGAGUUCUAAGCAAGAAGAGGCAAGCUAAGGUAUUUUACAUAAAGAAAACCAUAGUUCGCAAGUCUUCAAGACAAAAGAAAAUGACUGAGAACUUUAAAGAAAUGCUAUAAGAAAUCAAAGAAUAAAAACCAUUAAGCAAGAAAUCAGAUUAAAAGUAGGAGAAGUAUUAAUAAAAGAAAGUAUUAGAAUAAAAGAAAGGUACUUUAUAUAAUAAUAUUAUAGUGUAUGAAUAUGGAUUUAUGACUGAUUGGGUAAAUUGUGUCUAUCCACAUGAUAAUGGAUAAACUUUUAAUCUAUAAAUUCAAUUUUGUGUACUAAAGCCUAAAAAGCCAGCCAUUAAAAAAUAAAAAAAGGAAUAAACAGAAGAAGGAGUAUCUACUAUGAAUUAAAUUAGAUUAUGUCAUUGAUUCAAAACUUAUUGACUAAUCUUGGUUAGAAUCCAGAACAAGUUAAAAGAUAAAAUGAUACUCAAAUAUAGAAGGUUUAAACAACAAAUGAAGGAAUAAUUGUUUAUCAUCCUUACUUUAAGAAAAGUAAAAUAUCAUUAAAUAUUUAAAGUCGAAUAUUAAAGCAAGAAACCUCAAUAAAUUGAUAGAAUUGAUACUACUCCUGAGUUAGAAGUCUUGUAGUAAAAGUUUGAAUCAAUCAAAAAGACUUUUAGACCUUUAAUACUCAUUUGA